AUGCUCGGCCACAACAAACUCCUCCCUCGAAUAUCGCAAAUAACACCCAAACGCUACUGGAAUCCUACUCGACAAACCUACCGUGGGUUUGCAGUAAAAAAUGUUGACGACUUCAACUACAGUCGCAAUGAAUACAUGCUAGAAGGUCGAGAUGCGCGUGACGAAGAAAUUGCAACAUACCCACGAGUUACAGCGCAGGACCUCACAGCAUAUAAAUCACCUCCACAAGGUGUCAAGAUGCUCGUCCGUGAUUUCAUCCAGGACUCCCUCUACAAUCCCAACUAUGGCUACUUUUCAAAGCGUGCAGAAAUUUUCUCGCCAGUUGAACCGAUAAAUUUCAAUGAAAUUCGUGAAGCUGCAGAAUUUGACGCCACUGUGGCACGCAU